UUAACUUCCAUCAGGGUUGGAUUGGAGGGUGGAGGGACCGACUGUCGCCAGAGGUCAACGCUUCAUCGCGGCGACCCUUUGACUGUUUUCUCGGGGGUGGGGGGCAGAUGCUCACUUCCCUCUCCCCGCCCGUCGAAGGAUCUCCCCGUCACUAAAAUGUCGGCGCCGAUAAGAAGUUAAGUACAUUGGGUAAAUGGAGAACUGUGAUGAAGCGUGGCCAGAGGGCCAGCAUUCCCAGGAGGCUCCGGGAGGUGUUCGGACUGCCACUGGAACUGAGGAAGAGUGUGCUGUUCUCUACUCGGAUGCUGAGGAUGACCCCUCACUCUUGACAGUCAAUGGAGCAGGCCCCCGGGCCCCCUUCCAUUGCUCCGAAUGUGACAAGAGUUUCCGCUACCGUUCCGACUUACGGCGCCAUUUUGCCCGACACACCGAACUGAAGCCUUUCCAGUGCCCUCACUGUGUCAAAAGCUUCAAGCAUUCUUUCAACUUGGUGAACCACAUCCGGAGCCACACGGGGGAGCGCCCCUACCGCUGCACCAUGUGCCCCAAAGGCUUCCGGGACUCCACAGGACUUCUUCACCAUCAGGUGGUGCACACCGGAGAGAAGCCCUACUGCUGCCACAUCUGUGAGCUCCGUUUCUCCUCCCGCAGCAGUUUGGGCCGCCACCUCAAGCGACAGCACCGGGCGUCUCCUGCCACCGCAGCCCCUCAGACACCCACCCCGCGCUGCCUGGCCUGCGGCAAAGAGCAGAGCCCCUUGGGGCACCUCUGUGCUGCUGGCCGAGGCCGGGCGGCCCCUUUCGGUUGUGGGGCCUGCGGGCGGCACUUCCAGUUAGCCUCUGAACUCCGCCGCCAUUGGCUGGCUCACACUGACAUCAAACCCUUUAAAUGUCCGGACUGUGAAAGAGACUUCAAUGCUGCGUCCCUCUUGGAACGCCAUAAACUCACUCACGCCAAGGACAGGCCCCCACCGUGUCAUCUUUGCUCUGAGAAAGCCCAGAAGAGGGAUGGGAUGUUGGAACUGAAGGGUGUGGAGGAACAGCAGAGAGGAGGUGAGCAGGAGGAGGAGACCCGGCGGCACAGUAGAGGCUGUCCAUCCUGCCACUCUCCCGAUGCCCGUCCCACAGACACCCUGUACCAAUGCGAGUGUGGCACCUUUUUCGCCAACAGCAAUACCCUUGCAGCUCAUCUGACUGCCCACGGGGGCGAGCCAUCUUUCACUUGCGGCAUAUGUGGCCAGCCCUUUGUGAACUUGCAGGCGCUGGAGGAGCAUCAGCUGAGCCACGCUGUGUCCCCAGCGCCAGUGCCAGCCCCAGGCAGCGAGCUGGAACGUCACCUCUUGCCACAACUGGAUCUUCGGACAUUCCCAACUCAGCCCAGUAAGAAACUCUACAAGUGCAGCGAGUGUGAGAAAUACUUCCGCAGUCCCCGAGAUCUGGACCGUCAUGUCUUGGUGCAUACCGGUGAGAAACCCUACCAGUGCACUGAAUGUGGCAAGUUCUUCCGGCAUGAAUGUUACCUGAAAAGGCACCGUCUGUUGCACAGCGGGGAGCGUCCUUUCAAGUGCACUGUCUGCCACAAAGGGUUCAUCACCCUGAGCAACCUCUCCCGCCAUCUCAAGCUACACCGAGGAAUUGACUAGAAGGGGUAUCCUGAUCUCCUAAGAGUAGCCCUCCUUUCCCAGCACUGUAUUCUUCUACCUCCAUCCCACGGUGGCAGCCAGAGAUGUUCCUGUUUUGGAGGUAGAACUCUGCCUGAUGUUCUAGAACUCUGCUUGCCCUCACCCUUCCUCCUGGUUCAGUACUUGAGGGCAAGGACUUGAAAUGAAAUGAUAAAGAGUAUUGUUAUUAUUAUUUACCAAUGUUCCACUACUGUUAAUAGAAUACAUUGCACACGUUUGGCAAAUUAUAAGGUUUCAGUGUGUUGGGUGGAGAGGAAUACCUCCCUGGGUAUGCUCUGAUCGAUUCCAGAAAGUUUUUGAUGUUAAAACAAGAAUAUUCAGAGCCAUGUGAAGAAGUCAUGUCAGGAAAAUAACCCCUCGGUUAAGAUACUAACUUCUGAAGGUACUUGUAUGUGGGUGAGCUUGACAGUGCUGAAAUACUGACUUUGGCCAAUAUUCCUGGGGAAAGGAAUAGGGCACAGCAGUUCCCAGAGAAUGGAGAGACUUUCCUGGAUAUUUAAAGAGGCAGACUACUAAUUCACCCUCCAGCAUUUCCCAAUCACUUUAGUACUGGGGUUUUGUACUAAAAGGCAGCACAAUUGGCCAAAAAGAUAAAUGUGCAAGAAUCUGACUUGCAUCAUUCUUUAGUCUGUGUAGUUUUCUUUCUUUUUCCUUUAACCAUUCUGCUCCUGGAUUAAUAUGACUACAGUUAGAUGUACUUUCUGUCCCUCAAGGUAGACUAGAUUAGAGAAAUCUUAUGGCCCCCAUAAAACCAUAGUCCCCAAGGCUAAAUUGGGAUCACAUGUUUAUGACAUAACUGUACCCAUUGUUGUUUAUUGGGAAUCUCCUAAAAGUUUUAACUUGAUUUAGAGAAGCUCACCAAUGCAAGAUUUGUGAACUUUCACUUCACAGCAUAUAUACUAUCAAAGGCAGACAGAAAAGGGAUAUUAGGUUCUGAAAAAUAAUUGAUACCACUGAUUUUAAAAUUACGAGACUUAACAGCUUCUCUUCUCCCCCCCCCCGCAAAAAACAGGUCCUUUUUUAUUUAUUUGAUUUAUCUCCCAUCUUUUUCCAUCAGCUCCCACCAGCAUUUCUAGCACACACUCUCCAAACUUUCUUCCCAGCAACAAUUUUAUGAGGAAAGUUGGGCUGAGAGAAAAGGACUGAUCCAAAGUCACCUAAUGAGCUUCCAUGACCUAGGGUGGAUGUGAACCUAGGUCUUCCCAGUUGCAGUUCAACACAUUAACCCCAGCACUACUCUAUUCUAUAGCUUUGGUUCAAAGGCUUGUUUUGUUUCAUAGAUACUUCUUUGUAGUCAUGAGGUCUUGGAACAAUAAGAAAACAGCUAAACUCAUAAUGUCUUGCUCGUUACUUGGUGUGGCAGAAUUACUUUGGAGAUGAUUUAGAUGGCGCCCUUUGUGUUUCCUUAAAUUCCGUCUAUUGCCCUUCUGACAACACCAGAACAAACUCAUGCACUCUUCUUUACAAUUUGAGGUAGGUGACAGCUUGAAUCCUGUUUCCCUUUUUUAUCCUUGCAAUGUGACAUCUUUUCUCUUUUAAUUUGCCAGUCAGAAGAAUGCUCAUUUUGGACACUUUUGCUAUUCCUUUCUGAAAACUAUGUAAAGGUCAAAAAGGUGCCUUUGCUUUGAUAUUAAGUUUCAGGGCAAAGAAGCUUGGUAUUUAAUAGAAGGCACUGUUUAACAAAAUAAUUUAAAGAGAGUAUUUGGCAUUUUAAUGGUAAUAUUGAGGAGCUGGAUCUAUUUCUCCUUCAUGCUUGACUGUAGGAUGGCUGGAAUUUUGAGUUGGCCUAGGUUUCUGUAGAAUUUCAAAAUGAUAUUUAAAAAUGCUAUAUUUGUUAGGUGCUUAGUAGCAUCUCACAAAGAUUGAGAUCUCUUGGGAGCAAGGAAAGCACGUAUACUUGUUAAUAUUUGAUUAGGUAACGGAGAACAAACUAAAAAGCAAGGCAUAGUCUCUAAGCAGAAAAAUUAGAACACAGGGAAGAGUUGUAUGUUCCUGUACCGUACAUGGAAACCUAACGGUCAGGCUAGCCUUGCUCUUUUGCCUGUCUGCGGCCAUCCAUAACAUCUCCUGACUGGGCAGGCUUAUUUCUCCAUACCCUACAACUUCUUAUUCCGACGCAGCAGCUACUAUCUGUCCCAACAUGGAAUUGUUUACUGACCCACAGCUGAGUCUUAUUCUCUUGUUUUUUGCUCAUUUCUUUAAGCCCUUGUUAGGUCCUUGAACAUCUAAUAAACUUAUGU